AUGAACUCUCUGCUGGAGUACCUGGCGCGGGGCGGGGAGGCCUUGGGCUUGGCGGGAGGGCAGGUUGGGGAGGGCGGCGUGGGGAGCCUGCCCGCCUUGGCCCACCCGCGCCGCCCCCCGCCGCCUGCCUGCGCCUUCUCCUCGGCCGAGGGCAGCCUCCUCCUCCGGCCACAGCAGCCCCCCGGCGCCCACUACCCGGCCUGCCUCUUCUCCGUGGACUACGGCGGGGGAGGGCUGGCCCGGGCUUUCCAGCCGGGCCCCGAGGAUGCGCCCCCGCUGCCCAGCCCCGACUUCUGCCGCUGCGCCCAGGCCGCGCGCAGCACCUUCGAGUGGAUGAAAGUCAAGAGGAACGCCGGCUCCAGCGCCGGAGUCAAAAGCAAGUUCCCGGCUUAUGGGCCCUCUCCCAGCCCCCCCAACCCGGCCAGGACCAACUUCAGCACCAAGCAGCUGACCGAGCUGGAGAAGGAAUUCCACUUCAACAAAUACCUCACCCGGGCGCGCCGCGUGGAGAUCGCCAAGGCCCUGGGCCUCAAUGACACGCAGGUCAAGAUCUGGUUCCAGAACCGGAGGAUGAAGCAGAAGAAAAGAGAGAGAGAAGGGGUGUUGAUCCCUCCCCCAGGCGGGCCUUUCCCUGCUUCCCCCGCAGGUUCCAGCCCCACGAGGCCAGGGAUGGGCGCUCCUGUCCCCUCUUCCCCCGCCCAGGCUUGACCAGACUUGGCAGAGACGUGGUGGCAAAACCCAGUGGAGGAAGGAAGGAAACUCCCCUAAACCGCGCUUGAGAUCCUGCACUGUUUGAGUUUCAAAGAGGAAGCAACCCCAAGGCGACCAUUGCACUAACUUCUAUUACGCCACCCGCGAAAAAGUCCGGCUUCCUCGCGUGUAGGAUGACGAUUUGCUGCUUUUAUAGAGAACCAAUGGCCUGUGAUUAUGACUUGUUUACAUUUUAUUUCUAGGCGUUUUCAGGGAAAGCUGCUCUCAACCUUGACAUGCUGCUAAACGUUGCUGCUGGCCCCCUUGAGUUGAUGAAGCUCUACUUCAUCAGGGCUGAUGUUUAAAGGAACUGUCCUGGUCUCUCGGCCUUUGCUUGCUGCCUUGGACUGUUUUGACAGUCUGUCCACUUUGCCUUCUUUCUUUCUCUCCUCACCUUCACUUAGGUGGGGGUCCUAAAAAGCAAAAACCAAAGACAGGGAGUUUAUUUAUUUUAUAAGACUCCUAUUCAAAUGUUGGGCUUUGAUUUGACAUUAUUGCACAGAGCUUUUCCAAGGUGCGUAAACACAAUCAUGAGCUAGACCCUAGUAUCCUUGAAGUCUCUUCACUUGCAGAGGUGUUUGCCUCAAAAUCCCAGACCUAACCAAUGAAAACCGACAUUAAACUUCUGCAAAACUUCACUA